CCUCCUCCUUGAGAGCUACCGAAACAAUCAGCUAAACUAGCCAGUAAUGCUACCUCCAUCAUCUGAACCGAAGAUGAUAUUUCGUGUGUUCAGUUUUUUCUACUUCCUCUCGAGACCGCUACUAAAAUGGUUCCUGCACCGGUUUACCAAUCUAUGCGAAUUGCAACGCAUCUGCUACGGAUGUCCGCCUGGCGCAACACGCACGAAGAAAGUACAAAUGUCACUGGAGCUUUCGCGGCGUAUACCAAUAAAAAAGCUGAUGCACAUUUUGAACGAGCUGGUCAGCAACGAUGUAGAUGAAUCGUUUUUGCGGCGUGAAAUAGAGACACGUGCUGUCGGAACAGUGUUACAAGUGAAGAAGAUCAACCCGAAAGUGCACAUUGACUUUCCGCGGUCGUUUGGGUCGUGCGCAGAGAAAAUUUGGGGUUACAAACGGUUGUACUUCAUGGUGGAAAAGUUACGCGCCACCCAGUACGACAGCGAGGAACCGGACCACGAGGAGAAACUACUGACCCUGUGGAAGCUGCUGGUAGGUGACGAGAUGCCACUCACCAGUCGGAUAACAGAUCAAUGGCAGCAUAUAGGUUUUCAGGGCGACGAUCCUAUGACGGACUUCCGAGGUAUGGGUUUGCUCGGUUUGGAUAAUUUGCUGUUUUUGGCGCAGAACUACAACGGCACCGCCCGACAUCUGCUAUCGCAUUCUCAUCAUCCAAAGCAUGGUUACUUUUUUGCAAUCGUGGGCAUUAAUCUUACCUCGAUGGCGUAUCAUCUGCUGAAGUCGGGAUGCGCCCGGACGCACUUUUACAACCAUCCGCAGAACCAUCUCACCGUGGACACGUUCCACCAGUUUUACUGCUAUCUAUUCUAUGAAUUCGACCGGUACUGGGUCGAAUGCAAACCAAAGAACAUCAUGGACUUUAACUGGAUCCAGAGACGAUUCCAGGAGAACAUCAUCAAGCUUUUGACCAGCGAUGGAUGCUAUUUUAAAAUGAACCUGUCGGUCGAGGACGUGUAACCAUCUUCACCGCGUUGUUUGGCUUUUCUUGGUUGUCGUUUCAAACGCAGCACCAAUUGCCUCUUGCUCCGGCUGUCUUUCUCUUCGUUCAGUCCAAUAGCUUUUCUUCCCGUUCCUUGUGUGGCACUAGUACUGAUUGUGAUAAAUGUGUUUGCGGCACCGUAUAAUACGCACCGCCAGCCAAUAGGUAGCAGCAAAAGAAUUUGUGACAAGCAUGUCGCUGAUUUCGUAAAACACACCGUAAGUGCAAUCUAGUGAGAAAAUAAA